UGUGCGUCGUGUCUGGAUAUUCAGUUGUCAUUUGUCGUUAAUGUAAGUUUUCCUAAAUCUCUACAAUAAUUCCUGUUUGAGUCAGACAAUGUGAGUAUUGUUAUCUUGGCUAAUAAGAAUUAAGGAUAAAGGAUAGUUCUGUUCACUUCUCUCCAACAGAGAACCAGGAAACAAAAUCUUCACACUGUAAAAUGGCAGAACCCAAUGUUUCACUGGCUCAGGAUGAGUUCAGCUGUUCAAUUUGCCUGGAUCUCCUGAUGAAACCAGUGACUAUUCCCUGUGGACACAGUUUCUGUAUGGUGUUUAUUAAUAAGUGCUGGGAUGAAGAGGAUCAGAAGAAGGUCUAUAGCUGCCCUCACUGCAGACACACCUUCACCUCAAGACCUGUCGUGAGUAAAAACACCAUGCUGGCUGAGGUGGUGGAGAAACCGAAGAAGACGAGACUCCAGGCUGCUCCUCCUGAUCACUCUUCUGCUAAUCCUGAAGAUGUGGAGUGUGAUUCCUGUACUGGGAGGAAACACAAAGCCGUCCAGUCCUGCCUGGUGUGUCUGGCCUCUUACUGUGAAGCUCACCUCCAGCCUCACUACCAAUCUCCAGCCUUUAAGAAGCACAAGCUGGUCAAAGCCUCCAGACGACUCCAGGAGCAGAUCUGCUCUCAGCACGACAAACUGCUGGAGGUUUACUGUCGCACCGACCAGCAGUGUAUCUGCAUGCUGUGUACCAUGGAUGACCAUAAAGGACAUGAUACAGUGUCACUUGCAGCAGAAAGUUCUGAGAAACAGACAGAGAUGUGA